AUGGGAAAAGUUAGAUCAAAAAGUAUUCGCUUCACUAAAAAAGCGGAUAGUAUUAUAAUAAAUCAUAUGAAAGAACCUCCAAUUUUCUAUGCGAAAAUUAAAAAAGAGAUUCCAGAAUAUACAACAAAGCAAAUCCGUCAACGCUGGACAAAUCAGCUCGACCCUAAACUUUGUCAUGACCCUCUUGAUGAAUAUGACGAAAUUUUAAUAAUAAAAUUGGUCAAAAAAAAUCGAAAACCAAAUGGUACAAUUUGUUGGACAACUUUAAUUCCUGAGGUAGAAGCCAAAACCGGUAAAAAACGCAGUGAAAAUAAACUAAAAAAUUUUUGGUAUUCAAGACGAGGGCAGGUUCUCUCUAAAAAUUAUAUAUUUCCUCAAGAUGAUGAUGUGUUACUCUCUCAAGAUGGUGAUGCUUCUGGUGGUGCUCGAGAUGACGAUAAUGUGUUACCAUCUCGAGAUGAUAAUGGUGUACUUUCUCGGUUGGAUAUCUUAUGUCAAGAAGCGCUUAAAUAUGAUUUUCUACAAUAA